AUGGCACACCUCCGCCCGCGCAUACAGCCGCGAAGAACCCAACCGGGCGCAAACCGCAGCUUCGCCAACUCGCAACGUCUCCACUCUCCAGAGGCCGCGGCAGUAGCAUCCUCAUUCUUGUCGCGCUUUCAAUCCCUUGGACCACAGACCCGGACACAAACUAUCGAUGCCAAUCAGCUCCAGCUUCUCUCGCUCACUCUAAAUCGCCCGACUCUUUUCCCCGGGUCCCCCUCGCUAUCCAAUGGAGCAUCCGCCCCGCAGUCUGAAACCCCCGUGCCGCCGGGCUACCACCUCGCAUAUUUCACCCCUGCAUUUAUGGAGAGUGAACUAGGUGCCGAUGGAACCGAUAUAUCUUACAAUCCGGACGUACCGUUUACGCGACGCAUGUGGGCGGGCGGCGAGGUGCUCUGGCCACGCAGUGCAGAUGGAAAGCCCAAUCUGUUGCGGGUAGGACAGCAGGUGAAAGAGACAACACGGGUCCUGAAUGCAGAGUCCAAGGUCGUUAAGAAUACUGGAGAGUAUAUGAUUGUCGUUGGGGUUGAAAAGGAAUUCUCGAAUGAGCAUGGGGUGUCAAUCAUUGACCGGAGGAAUUGGGUGUUCCGUAAAGCUCUUCCCAUCCCAACAGAGUCAAACCCCUCUAGUGCUUGCUCGACAGACUCUCAUCUUUCAACCAUGAACCCUACUUCUACUGCUAUCUUUACCGAGGGGAGCACUCACUCGCGGACAUUGGUUCAAACCGCCGUGACACUCUUCCGUUUCUCUGCCUUGACCUUUAAUCCCCAUAAGAUCCACUAUUCUUUGCCCUGGGCCCGAGAUGUCGAGGGACACAAGGAUAUCGUUGUACACGGUCCGCUGAAUUUGAUCUCUAUCUUAGAUCUUUGGCGAGACACUCGUGGUUCAAAGGUCGCAGAUCCAACAUUAGUCGUGCCCCAGCGCAUUUCAUACCGGGCUACGAGUCCUUUGUAUGCCGGAGAUGAGUAUCGCAUUGUUAUGGAGGACGGUGAGCCAACAAAAGUACAAAUUUUAGCUCCUGGGGGAGUUGUUGCUAUGAAGGCUGAAAUUCAACAAUGA